AUGAGUACAAGGAGUGAAGAGCUACCACAAGAACUAACGGCUGUUGGGACAUUAGGUGACGUUGGCGCUGCUUACGCUGUAUAUGAAAAGAACUGGGUAUGCGGUGAUUGUAACCAUGAGAAUUAUGCGCGUCGUAAGCGCUGUUUUCGCUGUCGUGCACCCAAAAUAGAGCGACCAGACGCUUUGGUCGUAGAUAGCAAAGGUGAUCAGCAUACGUGGCGCGAGGCGCUUGAUCCUGCGUCGAAUAAGAUUUACUAUUAUAAUAUGAUGACAAAUCAGACACAAUGGGAGCGUCCAGCUGAGAUGGGAGCAGCACCACACGCCACAGGUUGGUUUGGUCGUGGCAAAGCCGGUGUGGAUGAAGGUGACCGGUAUGAGAAGUUGAACGCUUUAUUCCUAUCGAGACCUGCCCGGAAACAAAUGGACGUGAUGCCUACAUCCAAUUCACAUCUUGAAGGAGCGUAUGAGUACAAUAUUUGGUAUGAUAAGUACGUGGGCGAUCACUGGAACGAUUCACGGGGCAAAGAACCGACAGCUACACGCUGCGUUUUGGAACUAGAUGCAGGCAAGACUAAGGCAGAUAUGGUGAGCAAAGCCAACAGGUAUUUUUGCGUGCAUUUUGCACGUGGUAUGUGUGCUAGAGGAUCAGAGUGCAAUUACUAUCACCGAUUGCCGUCUGCAGCCGAUGAGACAAGGAUCGGCAUGAUGCACGACUGCUUCGGACGGGAACGCCAUGCGACGGAUCGAGAUGAUAUGGAUGGUGUAGGUAACUUUACACGCAACUCCCGCACUCUUUAUGUGGGUGGACUGAAGACAACGAAUGGAAGGGAAGCGCUGAAGCUACAAGAAAAGGAGCUUGCGAAGCAGUUUGGAGAGUGGGGCGAAGUAGAGAAUAUCAAUGUCAUCCAUCGCAAAUCAAUUUGCUUUGUGCGUUAUCGUCAUCGAACGAGUGCGGAAUUUGCCAAGGAAGCGAUGGCGAACCAGUCACUGCAAAGUGAUGAAGUGCUCAAUUUGCGCUGGGCUUUUGAUGAUCCCAAUCCCGUGGCGAAACAAGCAGGCGAACGUGCAGAUAAAGAUGCGAUUAUUGCUAUGAUGCAGGCUAAGGGUGCUACGAUGACAGAAGAUGCGGCAUUUGAUUACCCUGAACAGUAUCAGAUGCCAGCAAGUAAGCGUCAGCGUAUAGAAGGUGACACGAUCGCGUCGUAUCCUGAUACAGAUACGCAGUUUGCUGCUGAUGGAAAUCAAACUGCUGCUGCUAGUACUGUUGGUGUCUCCGAAGAAGAAAUGUAUGCACAGCUGAGCUACGCUAACUCCAGUGGGGAGAUCUCGACAAAUGAGCCUGACGAAGACGCAAACAAACAGGAAUAA